UAUGUACAAUACGACACCGUUAUAAUUUCGUCUACCCGCCACAAGAAUUGUAAGUUUGGCCAUCAGUACUCAACACUCCUGAACCAAAAUUGGUUCCCUUUACAUCUCCCACUCAAUCUUUUAUAUUUUACAUCGAUACUAGUAUUCAAUUAAUUUUCAGUUGGAACAAUGGCGAAAGCAAUAAUAUCCCCUCCAUCCACUGGAUCUAUUUUUCUCCCAUCUUCUGCCCCAAAAUCACUAUUACACCCUCAAUCUUUUACAAUUUCACCAAAACCUACCCCUGCCGCUCGUUUCUCUACGCGAAAGCUCCGUGGGACGUCAGUUAUGGCGGGGAAAUCUGGCACCGCCACCGUCGUGGCCGAUGCUCUCGGUGAAGUUGGCAUUUUCACCGCCGCCGGCGAGUAUGUCAAGUUCAAAGAUCUCUGGGAUCAAAAGGAGGGAGUGGCAGUUGUUGCACUUUUGAGACAUUUUGGGUGUUUUUGUUGUUGGGAGUUUGCCUCAGCACUUAAAGAAACAAAGGAGAAAUUCGACUCUGCUGGUGUCAAGCUAAUAGCGGUUGGUGUUGGGACUCCUGACAAGGCAAAACUUCUUGCCGAAAGGUUGCCGUUUCCUUUGGAUUCCCUCUACUGCGACCCGGACCGUAAGGCCUAUGAUGUUCUGGGCUUGUAUUACGGACUUGGCCGUACAUUUUUCAACCCAGCCAGCGUCAAAGUGUUUUCACGGUUUGAGGACCUGAAAAAGGCCAUGAAGAACUACACUAUUAGAGCCACCCCAGAUGAUAGAAGUAGCGUCCUGCAACAGGGAGGGAUGUUUGUGUUUAAAGGAAAGCAAUUAUUAUAUGCAAGAAAAGACGAAGGAACGGACGAACAGAAAGCCUUGGAAAAAGAUCAUGAGAUCAGUUCACCACGUGAUCUGCAAGAACAAAACAAGAUAGCAAGUGAAGAAGAUGAGAGAAGUGAUGGUCAAGAAAAAGCAGAUUCAGAAUCUGAAGCUAAUAGAAGUCCUCUUUUCGGUAAUCCAGCAUUUGGUGGUGAAAAAGGCAGUUUGAACUCUUCACCUCAUAAAUCUACCGACAUUAUAACAUCCAAACCUCAAGAAGAUCAGAAAAAUACGUCAACAGAAAAGAUUGCAAAAACUUUGGAAGUUGGCAACAAUUUCGAAAAACAUGAACAAGAAAAUAACUCUGUCAAGGUGGAAGAUAAUGUCUUUGUUAAAGGAGAAUUAUCAGCAACACUCACGCAUGAAGAUAGUAUUGGCUUGGCUUGCGGUACCAACAGCAUUGAUAAUAGUACCACAAAGGAAACUAGAGAUGUGGACAGCAAUUUGAAAGACGAAAAAGCAAAUUAA